GGCGCGGGUCAGUCUGUCGGGCAACCGGUCGCUCUCUCGUUUCACGUUCUGUCCGCGCUCUCCGCUCGACUCGAGAGUUCUCCACGUUUACGAAACGAUACGCCGCUACGAGUACCUAACGUGAUAUCGCGAUCGAGUUUGCGCCUCACUUUUGUCACCACCUCGAAUCUCUCGGACUCCGAAAGUGACUCUCUUCCUUAGCCGACUGCGGCGCGAAUUGCCCGUUGUUUUGCCCGCUGGAUUUCGCGUAUCGUAGUGUCGUUACGAUGCGCGCGCCGUCAAUUUCCGCCUAACCCAGGCCGAAAAGGAAUCCGGGUACAAGUUUGCUCGCGAAUCCGUUCCGAUUAGAUUCUCGCAAAGACGUCGCGAUAUCGCCGUUGAAAAGGAAACGGGCUUGGAGAGGAUGCGGAGGAUUCCGCGUCCCAGUGUCGUCGGCGAGGUUGCGAUCGUUUUCGAUACCAGUCGACCGUUUCUCGUCCGAUAAUCGCAAGGCAGUUGAGAGAGGAGCGAGUUGCGGCGAGUAGCAGAGCACGGGGUGAUGUUGCUGGAGUCGUCGCGAAGUCUCCCCGGCAGGAAGAGAAACGGAUUGACCCUGUCUUCGUUCGGUGGUGGCGGUGGCGGUGGUGGCGGUGGCGGUGGCGGAGGCGGAGGCGGAGGUGGCGGCUGCGGCGGUGGUGCCGGCAGCGAAGAGGACGACGAGGAAUCACGACAUCCGUUUCUUGCGAGGAAAAUGCAAACCGAGGGCACCGCCGCCUCCGCGGUUUCCACCAGCUUGUCGUCCGGAUGCACGCGCGACGACGGCGACGACAGCUCCAGCCCCUCGCCCAACAGCAGUCUCUUGAACAAUCUGAACAACAACUGCAACUCGAACCGUCAAUGUGCCACCGACUUUAGCAUCGCGGCCAUCAUGGCUCGAGACUCGCGGCAGCAGCAGCAACAAUCGCAAUCGCAGUCCUCGCCGUCGCCGCAGCAGCAGCAACAACAAUCGUUGCAAUCGCCGCAACAAUCGCAGCAGCAACAGCAGCAAACUCAACAACCAUCGCACCAUCAUCGGCAGUUGCAGCAACAAGCCGUCGGCGGAGGGAAACUGCACCAACACGAGAGGGAACCGAGCGUGUCUGGCGUGGUCCGCGGCGCUCCGGUGAUCCAGGAACCGAUCGUCGCCGAGGACGAUCCGGAAACGGACGAUACCGGAAGCACAAGCGGGAAAGCCGCAUCACCCGUCAAUCCUCUGCUCCAGGAACGUUCCAACUGCGAGGAGCUCAGGCACGUGGUGUGUCAUCUCGAGACGAAAGACUUGUGGGACAAGUUCAACGAGUUGGGCACCGAGAUGAUCAUCACCAAGACUGGAAGGAGGAUGUUCCCGACCUGCCGAGUGUCGUUCAACGGAUUGAAGGCGGACAGCCGGUACGCGGUGCUGAUGGACAUCGUUCCCGUGGACAACAAGAGGUAUCGUUACGCUUAUCACAGAAGUUCCUGGUUGGUAGCCGGAAAGGCGGAUCCACCGGCACCGGCGAGGCUCUACGUCCAUCCGGACUCGCCUUUUACGGGGGAACAGCUUCGAAAGCAGGUCGUCUCGUUCGAGAAAGUCAAGCUGACCAACAACGACAUGGACAGACACGGACACCGCGGCGUAAAUCUACCGAUGAAUCGCAACGAUUUGCAGCUGGUGUUGAACUCGAUGCACAAAUACCAGCCGAGGAUCCACCUGGUGAAGCGACCGGACUCGGGCACCGCCAAGCCGAUAACCGACCUCGAGAAGGAACCUCACAAGACCUUCAUAUUCCCGGAGGCGAUAUUCACCGCUGUCACCGCCUAUCAGAAUCAACUCAUCACGAAACUGAAGAUCGACAGUAACCCGUUCGCCAAGGGUUUCCGAGACUCGUCCAGGCUGACCGAUUUCGAGAGCUUCCCUUUCAGGGAGACGAUGGAGUCGAUGCUGGCGGAGCAGCAGACGCUGAGGUUUCCUCAUCGACUGCCCUUCGAGAUGGAGCAACUUCAGGCGGGCGCGGUGAGCAACCUGAGCCUCGAGGAGAAGGCGUUGUGGGCGGCGCGGUCUCAGAUGUUGCUUAGGGCCGCGGCCGCGGUCGCGGUCAGCCCUUACGCUCAGCUGGUAGGUCCCGCGGCCUUGGUCUAUCCUGGUGCCUCGUCGGCCGGUACCAGCCAUCAGCAGCAACAGCAGCACCAGCAGCAACAGCAACAGCAGCAGCAACAACAGUUGGGACACCUGUGGUGGGCGUCCUCGAUCGGACCUACCCUGUUCGCGGCCGCCCAUCACCAGCACCAACAACAGCAACAACAACAGCAACAGCAAUUAGCCGGGUCGAGUUCGCAGAGUGCGAACGCGGGUCCAGCCGCCCCACGACCGCUCUACCCUUCGGCCCUGGCCCUGGCGCACCAUCGAUUCUCCCCGUAUCACACCGCCGCCGCUCCCAAGUCGUCCACACCCCUCGGAACCUCGCUCUCGCCCUCCAGGAGAGCUACGCCCUCUCCUACGGACAGCCUCGGCAGGGACGCUCAGGACUUGUCGCCGUCGUAGUCGCGGCCCACCACAGUCCACCUUCUUGCGAACCGCGAACCGUCGUCGAUGAACCAUUUUUAAUAGCUGCGUCCCAGCUCGUAAACCACGGGACCACUCGCCGUCUGUCCGAUCGGUGGGACGCGACGCGGAUAUUAGAAGAAAAACGAACCAUUGUACAUACUUGAAAUCCGACCGCGGACUCGAUCGGAACAGGGUCCAUACACCGCGCCUCUACUUCUCCAACGACGCAUCGUACCACGAACCUUUUACUGUAUAUAGAUAUAUAUACAUAACGUACAGAUUCACGAGCCUCGAGCAACACGCGGUUUCGCGUUCGUGUAACAUAAGUUGUAUAUUUCGUAUCAUGACUUAUCGUUAUUUAUGUUUCGACACCGUACUCGACGCGUGAGAAAAGUGGAGCGACGCGACAACCGAUCGCGUACGCUUCGCGCAAUUUCCGCGAUAGCUUAAUCGACGAUCCAUCGCCGCCCGUGCCGGCAAUUAGCGUUAGCGUAGACCGUUGUAUCGUUGAUGCUUGUGUUGCGAAGACGCAUAGAAUAUCGCUGUGCAACCUGUUCCCUUGUAAAUAACCCCUAAUAAACUCUUGUACCGAGCCUACUUAUUUCA